AUGAUAUUGGGAAAUGACGAUGUAACACUAGAUAUUCAGGACCAACUUCUCUUCCCUUAUUUAUCACUGAAGCAGGAACACGAGUGUUCGGUAUGCUCUUACUAUUGCAAAAUGGCUGAUAUUCUCUUAAGCAAUCUGGACAAGCUGCUGCUACAACUUGUUUUUCAGCUUGAACAAGCAUCUUACUCCAAGGAAUAUGAAAGACAACAGAUACAGUUAUAUACUGCAAACAUUUUGGAGAAAAAAAGUGAAAUCUGCCACCUACAUGAAGAAAUAAAUAAAAGUGAGGAAGCAAUUCUUAGCUUAUGCAGACAAAAUAAUACCAAUAAAGAGAACUGUAACAUCUGGAAACCAACAUAUGUUAUUUUGAAAAAACAUGAAGAAUAUUUACAGAAAGAACUUCAGAAUUACCAAGAAGCAACAGAAAAAGACAAAAAAAUGUACCAGGAUUAUAUGAAUCAAUAUCAAGAAGUUUUCAGGCAGCACCAAGCAAAAUAUUUAGAAACUACAAUUGCCCAAGAAUAUUAUCGUGAAAAAAAAGAAUAUGAAGAAAUUCAAGAUCGAGUUCAACAACAUUCCAAAUUAUUUAAGCAGAAAGAAGCUGAACUUAUAGAUCUUCACAAACCUGGUCCUUUCCAAUCACUUUCUUCAUGGGCAACAUAUAUUGCUUCUCUGCGGAAGAACACAAAGGAAACUCUUACUCAUGCAGAAAUUCUCACACAGCAAUCAGCUGAACUUGUCAAAACUGCAAAAGAGCUAGAAAAGAAAAUGAACUAUUUGAAAGAGCAUCUAGGCAAUGUUACAGAAGAUCAAAAGCAUACUGAACAGAUGGAAGAGGAUUCUAAUAUGAUAGAAGAAAAAGCAAAAAAUAGAGAAAGAAAGAAGGACUUUGAUGAAAGCUUGUUCAAAGAGAGUCAACCUUUAUUGAAAAAGAAAGAACAAACGUAUAAACCAUUUAAUCUACCUAGCAUUUUUCAGAAAUUAGUUCAAAGCGUACCAACUGUGAAACCACAAUUUCAGAUCACAGACAGAGGUGCAGAAAAGAAAGAGGAUCUGGCAGGGCAUUCAGCAGUGACUAGUAUAUAUUUCAACCAUAUGGAAAAUGAAAAUCAGAAAUGUGAUAAUUCAGAAACCAAUAUUGUAGAAACAGAUUCACCUAUAACAAAUGAUCCCAAGGAAAUAUCAAAUAGAUUAUUAGCUAAUCAGAAGAACACACUUACUAAACAAUGCUUUAACAUUGAAAAUACAAAAGGAAAAAAGGCUGACUACAAACAAAAAGAAAACAAAUCAAUGGAUUCUGCGGCUAUAUCUCAAGACAGGCAGACAGAAAAUUCUACUAAACCUGGAUAUUAUUCUUCAACAAGAGAUGCAGAUACUGCAGAAACUCCAGGGUUAAUAACUCUAGAGCCAAACAUUCUUCCAAAAACUCCUGACUCUGGUGAGAUGAGAACUCCAUUUGAACUAUUUCCACCAGAAAGUGAAGGAUUGCUGGUCAAGUCACCUGCUUUUUCUUUUCUUGCUGGGUUUGCCUCAAAGUCACAGUCACCUGGAUUUAAUCUUUUUGAUUUUUCUGCAUUUGAAACUGAGAGUUCAUUAGACCAGUUAGGUGAAAGCUGCUCUGCUGGAAAUAUAAAUCCAAUUUCUCCACACAAAGGUAUUGGAGAUUUCUUUGGGAAAAUGGACACUGAAGACUCAUUUACAUUUGCAUUUCCAACAGUUCCUUCUACUCAGGUGUUUCAAGAUGGGAAAGAAGACUUUAAUUUUCCUUUUGCUUUUGGAUCAUCUGAGCAAUCCACUCUAAAAGGUUUUCAAUCUGCCUCAGAAAACAGAAAGCCAUUUUCACUUUUCUGA